UUGCUAUGGCCUAUCGUUUAAGAUCGUAAAUUGAGUGAUUGAUGUCCAUGAACUGUCCCUCCAUCGUCUCCGAAUGUCAACAAAUACGUCCACGUUCAAAUAUCUGAGACCAUCUUGAGUUGUGGACUAAAAAAACUGCGUUGAUGAGAUCCGCUUGACUUGAUUAAAAAAACUCAACUUUCGACACGUUACAUAUUUUUCCGAUAGGCAUUGACUUCCACUAGGCCGAGGCUUGACAAACUGAAAAGCAACCCCGCUCAGCCUCGGGAUGGAGACAAAACGUUUGUUCAAACAAUCUUUAGCUUAUGUUCUAGACGGCGCGGACAAGAACACACGCAGAAAUGCUCAUCUGAUGGCUAUGUUGUGGAACAGAUUGUACUUAGAUACUGUACUUAAUACAGGAAACUUGUUUCCUAUCACUUCCACCUUUGCGACAUUGGGAGUUGUAUUUGUGUUGCAGUGUCGUGACGGUCUGUCUUGUGGCUGUCACAACCCAGACUACGCCUAGGUAAUGUCAGAUUGGCAGUCGGGACAGCUCUCCUUGACUGUCGCAUCCAGUUGUUAAAGCGAUUGUCUACUUGUGCAUUAAAAUAAGCAGCCUACGUGUCUUCCGCAUGUGAAUUUGAUUGCACCAUUUUGCCCGUUGGCGCACAUUGGUGGGAGGACGGAACUGUGAAAGUAGCAACAUUCGCGGUUAGAUAGGAUUUAUAAUCCAGAUGUGUAUUGCUUGAAGGGGACAAUGCCAUCAUUAUUUUGACUGACAGGUGUGGAAACAUGACACUUAGUGUAUUCAGUUCAUUUUCAAGUCUGAAAGAGGAGAAACCUGUUGACUAAAAAGUGUCUACAAGCCCAGUACUACUAGCAUUGUGUGACAAUGGCUCAAUGGGAGCAGAUGAAGCUGUUGGCGACGCAGCUGCCCCAAGAGAUGCUGAGUGAGCUGUACCCUGGUGUCCUGUUCCCCAUGGACGUCAGGCACUACCUGGCCGCCUGGAUAGAGGAGCAACCCUGGGAUCGAUUGGAGGCUGAUAAUGUGGAGCAGGCCCAAGUACUGCGUGAUCAGAUCUCCGACCUCCUCAGGGAACAGGCCAAUCAGCAUCAGAACGUCCUGGAGAGGCUGCGGUUACAGGACUUCAGCAGGAAAAUGAGCAAUGUCCAGCCAAUGCCACUUGUGCAGACCGUCAGAGACACGCUGAGGAAGGAGAGCGAGUUCCUUAGCCUGGCCAGGGUCCCCAUGGUGGGCCACUACCACCCCACGCCGUGUCAGACGGGGCAGCUAGGCGGCCUCCACCAGCCAGGGCUGUCGCAGAGCCCGCGGCCCCCCAACGGGCUCCAGGCCCUUGGCCGGCCCGAGGGCACCCAGGACAUGGACAACCUGGUGCUGAAGGUGCUGGAGAUCCGGCGCUACCGCCAGGAGAUGCACCAGCUGCAGGAGGAGGUCAACUGGGAGCGGCAGAACGACUCCAUGUCAAGCCCCAUGCAGGGCUCCUGUGAGCCGGAUCCACAACAGCUAGAGAAGCAAAAACGCAUUCAGGCACUCGAGUGCAAAUACCGGGACUUUGGCAAGACGCGUGUCCAGCUGCUACACGAGACCAUUGCCAUGCUGGCCGAGUGCCAGAAGAAGCUGGUCCAGAGGAUUAAGGACUGGCGGUGGGAGCAGCACCAGGCUACCAUCGGUGGGCCCUUCAACGAGAACCUGGGCCCUCUGCAGACAUGGUGUGAGCAGCUGCUGGGCGUGAAUGUGCAGCUUCGUCAGGAGGUCAUCCUGGUGGGACAGGAUCACGGCAGCCCUGAGCCCUUCGCUGAUCUGCAGGAGAGACUUGUCAUGCUGCUCAAGACUCUCAUACAGAGCUCCAUGGUAGUGGACAAGCAGCCUCCUCAGGUCAUUAAGACCCAGUCCAAGUUCUCCACCACGGUGCGGUACCUGCUGGGGGAGAAGGUGGCAACGGGGAAGCCCAUCCUGCUGAGAGCCCAGAUCGUCACCGAGUUGCAGGCCAGGAACCUGGGGCAGCCCGGCGGCAUUGCCACAGAGAACGUCGGAGAGCUCAUCAACAGCACCGCCAUCCUGGAGCACAACCCCAACAGCAAGACCAUGUGUGCAAACUUUAGGAACAUGUCCAUUAAGAAGAUCAAGCGAGCGGACAGGAAGGGCUCGGAGUCAGUGACGGAGGAGAAGUUUGCCAUCCUCUUCACCGCUGACAUCGCCAUCACUGGCUGUGACCACACAUACGGCGUGCAGACCAUCACCCUGCCUGUGGUCGUCAUCGUGCACGGCAGUCAGGACAACAACGCCAUGGCAACCAUUGUCUGGGACUGUGCCUUCUCUGAGCCGAACCGGAUCCCGUUCGUGGUUCCAGAGCGGGUGCCAUGGCGUCAGAUGGCCGUGACUCUGAGCAGGAAGUUCAUGACGGAGGUGGGAACGCAGCGCCCCCUUGACGACAACAACCUCCACUUCCUGGCCCAGAAGAUCUUUAACAAGCCCGACAUCUCAGAAGACUUCAGCAACCUGCUCGUCACAUGGUCCCAGUUCAACAAGGAAGUGCUUCCUGGUCGGCCAUUUACCUUCUGGCAGUGGUUUGAUGGUGUCACGGAGCUCACCAAGAAGCACCUGGCGGAAUACUGGACUGACGGUCUGAUCUUUGGCUUCAUUGGGAAGCAGCACCUGCACGUCAUCCUGCAGAAUAAACCCAACGGCACCUUCCUCCUGCGCUUUAGUGACUCCGAGAUAGGAGGCAUCACCAUCGCUUACGUCACCCAGACAGAAACUGGAGUAAGGAAAAUCCAGAACAUUCAACCCUUUACCAAACGGGACCUGGAGAUCCGUCGUCUGGGAGACCGCAUUCGGGACCUGGACUUCAUCACCCAGGUGUACCCCGACAUGCCCAAGAACGACGUCUUUGGAAAGUACUAUACAGCAGAUAUGCCGGGGCCUGUCCAGCCCAGUCCAGGAGGCUAUCUGCGCGUUGACCUUACCACCACAGUCGUGGGGGCCGUGGAACAUCCGAGAGAGGACAUGCAAAUGUCUACCUUUCCUCCUCAGGCAGCUCAGUUCCCCGGGAGUAUGGCAUUCCAACCGGACUUCAGCCCCCCCACUCCUUGCCCCCUGUUCCCCAACCCCUUCGACAACUUGGCUAUGGCCAGUAUGGCCAACAUACCACCGCAGCCAGUAGAAGCAGAGAGCAUGUUGGACAUUCCGGAUGAUAUCUAUGACUUCAACGCCAACAUGUGAAGAUCAGAACUAACCCUAGACAUUAACAUGGGAAGAUCGGGAGUAACCCUAGACAAUCACAGCAUGUGAAGAUUGGGGAUUAACUCUAGAACACAAUGUGUGAAGAUUGGGACUAAUUCAAGACCACAAGACAGGAGUCUCAGCGUGCUUGGAUUAUAAUUUCUUCAAUACAGUACAUAAUUUUACAGUGUUAAACGUUCCAUAGACUUCUAAUUUUUUUCUAUAUUCAUUUUUUUGUGCUGGGUAGAGGGGUGGUGGGGGGGUAAAAUAAUGCACUCAUUAAAUAUCAGUGAAGUGGGACUAACCGAUCUAAUCUCACAGAUAUAACUAAGAGUUCUUCAAAAACGUUGGAUGUAAAUUUGGCCUAUAGAGAUGCUACACUAACCACACAAUCCAGUCAGCUAAGAUGGCGCCUAACCCCCUCAUGCCUCUGAAGUUCCAGCCUGUCUGGCCAACUUGCUCAUUCUCUGAAAAACAAACCAAAAGACACAGGCAACAGUUAAAAAAGAACGCUACGUCUACCGUGGAAACGAGCGCCCUGACAGAUAAAGGGGGCAUUUGAAUGACACCCAUUCAUUCCGCCUCUGAGACCUUUCUGCCAAUGGGAGGUUGGCCAGACCACGCUCCGCCCAGGAUGGACUUCAUAUACUUUACAUGAGGUAGGAGCUAAUAUGAGGGACCAAUAGAACAUCUGCAUUAGCCAGGCCGUGCCCUCCUAGUGACGCAACACCUUCAGCGUUGCUUCUAGUCAGGUCAAGAGCAAUACAAAAUCGUUUCUGAGCUCCCGAAAAAAAAAACGGGAACUCCUCCCACUUUGUCGGGAAGCAUACAACCGUUAGCAAACCAAGGGAGGUUGGUCGACCAUGCUGUUUGGGAAAUGUUUAUUGUUAUGCUCUUGGUCAGACCAAGGUCGAAGAGAUUUGAAAGUCGAUAAUCAGGCUACAUCUGCAUUAAACCCUGUUCAUGGAAAACCUUCUUUUAACAUUCUAUGGUAUUGAAACUGGUAUUGAUUUUUACAUUUUCACAUUUUGUGCCAUUAGCGUGCAUGUGCCUCUCUAUUCCACUGCCUUUUGCUAUUUUUUUUUAAAUCUUGUUCAGUCUGUGAUCCCUUUGCAGUAUCCCCACACCAUUUUUGUCACAGUGACCUUCUGAACCUUACAUUUGUUUUCACAUCCCAUGAAACAGAGCAGAGAACCUGCUUCUGUAUUUACCGACCACCUUGUUCCUGUCUGUGCCAUUGAGCAAGUGAUUGUAUGGUGGUGAAAGUGAGGCCUCUUACAAACUACAGUAGCGAAAACACUUUCCUAUUUGGUCAUUUUAAAUUUCGCUUCACUUUGUCUUUAGACCUAUGUAUGUGAAUCUCAGCUUUGGAGAUGUAUCAAAGCUCUAAUGACCGGUGAGCAUUUGACAUUCCCAGUUUAGUCACAGAUAUGUAUGACCACAUUAAUUGUAUGUUUUCAUGGGCUGAGCCAUCCCAAUGGGCAGGACUUAAGACAGCUAUUAAGGAGGACUCUGCCGUAAUGUGAUAGAUGGUCUCACACAGAGAGAAGAACCCUGAACGUUUCAUCUAUCCUGAACUCCUGUGCGAAAGACCUGUUUUGUCGAUGUAUUACUGAUGUAUUGCUCUCUCUCUCUCUCUCUCUCUCUCUCUCUCUCUCUCUCUCUCUCUCUCUCUCUCUCUCUGUUCAAAACAUAUUUUCAAUGCUGGCCUCUCCCCUCUUGGCUUUGAAUUGUGUGUAAAUGUCCUGGAUGUCAACCAAUUACCUGUGUACGUGUACCUUUAUAAUGAUUGAAAAUACAUAUGGUUUUCCUUUUUUUCA